AUGACAUACCCCAUCACCGGCAUCAAGAAAGGCCUCGGGCCAGGGGAUAAAGUACCCGUGCGUCGAGAAAUCGACGAGUGGUGGGCAUCCAAAGAGAAGAUUGAUGUCUUCCAGAAAUCAUUGUUCAUCUAUGCCUUGAACGAAUUCCAACAGAUGGACCCAGAUGACCAGCUAUCUUAUUUCGCAGUUGCAGGUAUUCACGGCCAACCUUUGGUGUCCUGGGAUACCAAAUCUCCCAAGAACUCAUGGUAUUGUACUCAUGGUAGUCCUCUAUUCCCACCAUGGCACCGGCCAUAUUUGGCGCUGUAUGAGCAGAGACUGUAUGAAAUCAUGCUCAAGUUGAUUCCUACAACAUUCGCCCUGGAGGAUCAACCAGCCAUGAUUCAAGCAGCAGAAACAUGGAGACUUCCUUUCUGGGACUGGGCGAUGCGAAAGCCUGAUUGGCACUUUCCCAACGAUCGCCGUCGUGAUGGCCCAAAUGUUCCUUUCAUCAUCACCGUUCCUACAGUUGAGGUCAUGACGAAAACUGGUGUUGCGACUGUCAGCAACCCCAUGUGGAGGUAUAAACUUCCCAACGAAGCGACGUUUGGUGAUUUCGGCAUCACGAGAGACCAAACCCUUCCGUUUAAUGUUUGUAAAGCCACAAGUAGACAUCCCACAACCUUCAAUUCACGAAGUCCCGAUUUUAUCUCAGCUUGGGUCAACGGUGAGAAGCAGAACUGGGACAGAAUCACAGGAGAACUUCGGGGUUCCCGCUCUGUUGUUAGUAAUACUCUGCCAGAAGCUGUGUACAGAUUGUUCCUUGAGGAAUAUCUACCAACUUAUAACGCAUUCUCGACGGAGGGAUUUGUCAAGGGUCAGCCUCCUACCCAGUACUCAUCUCUCGAGGAUAUUCAUGGACAGCUCCAUGUCUUCUCUGGCGGAUCUGGCCAAAUGGGCCGUGUCCCAGUUGCAGCUUUCGAUCCGAUCUUCUGGAUGCAUCACAACAACGUCGAUCGGCUAUUCGCAAUGUGGCAGGACUUGUACCCAAACAAAUACGUUCAGCCAUUCCGCACCUCAGCGGGGCGAUUGAUUGACCCUAACAUCCCACUCGCUCCAUUCAGUAGGGAUAGUCAAGGAACUCCAUGGACUGCUGGUAGAUGCAGGAACCUUCAGGACUUGGGGUACACAUAUCCCGAGUUGCAGAAGUGGCUCGACAUCUACAAGACUAACGGCCAAUUCGAUACCGUGAAAUAUCAGAAGGCGCUCCGAACCACCAUAGAGCUUAAGUAUAGUACCACUGGUAAAUCUACUCUCCAACUGUCUGAGAAUGAGGGGGUCGCGAUCAUGCAUUUGUCCACCAUUGCUGCUACCAAUCUCAUAGUUGAGAACUUCCCUCCAGCACUUGUUGAGAAGGCCCAGGAGCUCCAGCCAAAUGAACCGAAAGUGCAAUCUAUUCUGGGCAAAGACACCACCAGCACUGCAGCAGUCCCAGCCCCCGAAGUCAAGCCCCAGACCGGGACUCCCAAGAUUGAACCGGUGGCACCCGAAGCACAAGCACAAGUCGCUUCGAGCUCUUCUUCUCGAGAAACGGUACUUGUCGUGCCCGCUGCUGCUGCAAACCAAGCACCGAUUGCUGCAGAAUCUCAUAAACACGCAGCUACAAGCGCCAGCACAAUCACAGAGUCCGUCAUUGCUCCACAUCCUCAUUCUCAUCCCGAUGAGAAGUGGACUGAGAAUGACUAUAUCGUGAAUGUCCUCUACGAUAGAUUUGCACUCGACGGCUAUCCAUACAUCAUACGUAUCUUUCUUGGAGAUGUUCCAGAAGGUCCAACGUUCUACUUCGCAGAUACACCCACUCAAGUCGGUUGCGUGUACAACUUCAGCGCCCCAGCCGAGUUCCGUGGUGAUGGCCCGGAAGGCUGUGCCAAUUGCCACCGCCAAAGGCAAGACCAUGAGUUAUCCACCGGGCAGGUGAUCUUAACAGAUUACUUGGUCGAGCACAUCACGAAGAAUAUCCAAGAGCGAGGUCUCACCUUGCAGAGCUUGUCACGGGAAGACGUGGUGGGAUACCUGAGACAGAAUUUGCACUGGCGCAUUUCCGACAUUGACGACAAUGUGAUAUUGAAGGAGAACAUGCCAUCCUUGAAGAUCUCGGUCGCCAUGGGUAGAGCAACUCAUUUCCUUGCGGCGUCUGUCCCGUCCAGGUACGGCGACUAUGAAGUCUUGUGGGAGAUCACUGAGAACCGCCUUGCAGGUGCUUCUCCUGGAGAUUUGAAUUAG